AUGGCUGCGGCAGAGGAGGAGAUCGCGGUGAAGGAGCCGCUGGAUCUGAUACGGCUCAGCCUCGACGAGCGCAUCUACGUCAAGCUCCGAUCCGACCGCGAGCUCCGCGGCAAGCUCCAUGCGUAUGAUCAACAUUUAAACAUGAUACUUGGAGAUGUUGAAGAGGUCGUGACAACUGUUGAGAUAGAUGAUGAAACAUAUGAAGAAAUUGUGCGCACCACAAAACGCACUAUCCCCUUCCUUUUUGUCCGAGGUGAUGGUGUCAUAUUGGUUUCUCCACCCCUUCGAACGGCAUGA